ACUGUGAGUUAGUCGUCGAGAUGGUUGGUUCGCCGCCGCCGCCGCUCUCUCUUUCUCUAUUCCCCAACUCCGGCGCCACCGGCUGCUCGCCCCUUCCAGAAAGCGUAAAGUCAUGAUGUAGAUUGACCCCCUCCGCCGCCCCCUUCCCCAAUACUGUCUCGGCGGCGGUGGCCUUGGGCCGUCCUCCGCGUUGAUCGAAGAUCGAUGGCGCCAUCCUCGUCGCUCGCCUAGGCGGUCAAGCCCAGCAUGCGGUUCCCGGAACGGUGCCUGGACGUCGUAGCGGUGCGCCCCUCGUGUCGAUUCGGCGGUGGUGCAGGCGGUGUGGUAGGAGGCCGACGAAAUGGUUCUUCGAGGUCAAACGGGAGUCGAUGGGAGGCAUCGCCGGCGCGUGUUUCCUGAUCGCCGGCGCGUCCCCUUCUCCUCUGAUUGCCAGCUGCAGGUUGAUUAUAUGUGUACGCCGGAGGAAGUGCAGCAGCAUUUUCAACCUUGCGGAACUGUCAACAGAGUGACGAUCUUGAUUGACAAGUUUGGACAACCAAAAGGUUUCGCUUACGUGGAAUUUCUUGAACUAGAAGUAGUUCAGGAGGCUGAAUCUGAACUACAUGGUCGUCAGAUCAAGGUUUCACCAAAGAGGGCCAAUGUCCCUGGGAUGAAGCAGCGUCCACCACGCGGAGCAUUUAAUCCGUACAUUGGAUACCUUUAUAGAUCAUAUGGGUUACCGUAUUUCCCACCGUACCGUGGUUAUGGGAGAGUUCCCAGAGUCUGUCAGCCAACCCGCUAGAGGCCUUACUACCGAAGUAGGAUGUUUCAUGAAGCAUUAUGCCAACCAUAGUCGAUGUGCGGAAUAAUUAGUCUACAUGCCGUUUAGAUGAAUUUCUGUGUAGCCAUGGCCAACUUUCAUAAUUUCAUUUCUUCGACCUGGAGGUUGAAUACAGUGAAUAAUACUGUUCAGUUUGUUAAAAUACUGAAACCACUCUUGAGAUACUGAGUUGUACUAUUCCAAGUUUUCUCGUGCCAGCUCUAUUCCGAAUUUA